AUGCUGCCUCAUUCAUUGGAGGCGGAGUCCGACGCAAGCGCAGACUGCUUUUUGCCGGGCAGUUGCGCCUGCGUCCAUGUCCGUGUCCCAGAACACCUGCGAGGGGUCAUCGAAGAGCUGCCGAUGCUCGGAAGCUUCAAAGAACCGUCAGAAGCCGAGUGCUCUUGGAACCUGCCCGGCUUUCGUGAGCGCUGUCGUGACGUGCCCGUCGGUGUUGCGCUCUUCCCGGGUUACGAGAUGCACGUCUGGCACCUGAAGAAUCUCAACGGCUUUCUGAAGCUAGUCUCCACGUCGCCACAGAAUCUAGAAGACCAAGUGGCAAGAAAGAGGAUGCUAAGUGGAAUGGGCCGAGGGAAUGUACACAUGCUUGUUCGGAAGACAACCCGGAAAAGUGCACUGCACAUACUGGGUCUCGUGUAG